CCCUUCUGGUGGGAAAGUCACCUAUGAAACAAAAAUCUGGUUCUGACAGGUUCUGGGUGACACAAACACGCAGGAUCUGUGUGGUGCUGCUACUGAAGCAACCCAACCCACAACAUAAGUCAGUGAGCCCUUGUUGCACAGCAGUCAGUAAGUCCUCUCCAGGUGCAUUUGUCAACCAUUGAUUUGCAGACAGAGGUCUGAGGUCUUCUGCUGCCACUUGUGAUUCUUCAAAAUGCCAACCCUCCUUUCUUGCAAGAGAUGCACACAUGAUGGUGAAGAGGAGAUGCUGCUAGCCGAAGAUCAGCCAGAUUUGAUUGAGUCUCUUGAUCCCAGAUGCAACAGCAGCAGCAGAAGCUGCUCAGGAAGGGCGAACUUCCUCCAAGAGAAAGAAAGGGAACGCCUAUCUGUCCACGAGAGUCUGGAUUAUUUGCCUUCCCACAGCAGCGUUUACAAGAAGUGGCUGCAGGGACAAAACUACAGAAUGGACUGGGAUCGAUGGUUGGUGAUGGGCAUCAUUGGAAUAAUAGUAGGAACAGUGGGUUUCCUGAUCCAUCAAAUAAUUGAUUAUCUCAUCAAACUGAAAUGGGAACUAGUGAAGAACUACAUUCAGAAAGGCAACUUUCAUAUGACCUGGUUAUACAUACUUGGAAUUGGACUGGCUAUGAUCAUUGUAUCUUCAGGACUGGUUGUGUUCUUUUGUCCAACAGGUGCACCAAGUGGAUUACCGGAAGUCAUAGGUUUUCUGAACGGAGCUUCUAUUCAACACAUUUUUAAUAUCAGAACUUUCGUGGGAACUUUUGUCUCUUGUGUUCUGGCUGUGGCAUCUGGGCUCUUCUGUGGACCAGAAGGUCCCAUGAUUCACUUGGGUGCAAUAACAGGAUAUGGAUUGAGCCAGUCCAGGCCAAAGAUCCUUGGAAUGAAUCUCCCCUCCUUCACCAGAUUUUGGAACUCAGCUGACAAGAGGAAUUUUGUUACGGCUGGUGCUGGAGCAGGGAUUGCCUCUGUGUUCCAUGCUCCAGUGGGUGGACUUCUAUUCACACUGGAGGAGGUGGCCUCUUUCUGGGAUAUCAAGCUGGCCUGGCAAACGUUCUUCUGCUGCAUGACGGCUGCCUUCACCACAGAUCUCAUCUCCUCUUCUCUCUGUGGGUUUGUCUACAGGGGCCAAUUUGGAUUUUUCAAAGCAGAGAUGAGGAUUUUAUUUUGGGUUAAGAACUUACUGGACAUGAGUGUGUUGGCCUUUGUUCCAGCCAUUUUCCUUGGAAUACUUGGAGGACUUUUAGGAGCUCUUUUUGUUUUUCUGAAUAUAAGAAUUAAUAGAUUACGCAUGUGGUUCUUCAACACAAUUCCAAAAACAUCCCUCAGAAAAACAGCUAAGCUCUUAGAAUCUGUGCUGGUUCUUGUUUUGACCAUUACUGCAACGGUCUACUUGCCAUAUUUCUUUCACUGUACUCCAGUCAAGAACCUGCCAGAAUUUGAACCAUCUACUAAGCCAGAGAAUAUAAGCCAGUCUAUGUGGCACAUUUCAGAAUAUAACUGUCCCCUGGGAACACUCCAGACUGGACCAGAUGGAGCGAACUAUUCCAACCAAACCUUUAAUGAAGCUGCUGCUCUCUUGGCUGAGAAUGGGAUGAGAGGAAUCACGUACUUAUUCAGACGUGGAACUCAUGAGGAAUUUGGAUAUGCUUCUCUUUUUACGGCACUUGUAUUCUACUUCUUGCUUUCCUGCUUGACAGCAGGCUCUGCCAUUGCAAGUGGUUUGGUUAUACCUAUGCUGUACACAGGUGCAUUAUAUGGCAGGAUAGUUGGCUUGAUACUGGUUUCCAUUUUGGGGGUUCAGACUGAUGAACGCAGUGCAUGGAUUGAUCCAGGGUUGUUUGCCGCAGUUGGAGCUGCUUCGUUCUUCAGCGGUGUUUCAAGGCUAACCAUCUCCCUAACAGUUAUAAUGGUAGAGAUCACAAAUGAUGUACAGUCCUUGCUACUCAUCAUGCUGGCAGUCAUGCUAGCCAAAAUGGUUGGUGACUGGUUUAACAUGUCUCUAUACACUUCUUUACUGAAGCUGAAAUCCAUUCCCUACUUAGAUGCUGAACCAUUUGUUUGCCAUAGGAAAAAAUGGUUAAACCUGGAAUUGUUUGCUGCCAGAGAUGUCAUGAAGCUUCAUGUAAGGGUUCUCCAUGUAAGAGAAAACAUUGCUUUCUUGGCUCAACUCCUUGCCAACACCAGCCAUAGCGGAUUCCCAGUGGUUUACAAAUCUAAGCCAGAUCAGGCAGAGGUGUUCCUGGGAACAAUUACGAGGCUUGAGCUCUGUGUGCUAUUGGAAAACGAAGCCGUCUUUGAAAAGGAGACUACAGAAGACUCUGAAUCUUGUGCACCUCUUCUUUCCUAUCAGAAGAUCAGAGUUGAAAAACUGCCUAAUCAGCAACGGAUGACCAUGUUGUUGGGUCACUACACUACGGACCCUCAGUAUCAGCAACGCUUCAUCAAUCUGGAGCCCUACAUAAACAAAUCUGCAGUGUCGGUUCAAGCCCAUUUCUCACUGCAACGCACAUACAUCAUAUUUCGGUCUCUGGGCCUUCGGCACCUGACAGUUGUUGAUUUGCAGAACCAGGUUGUUGGGAUAAUCACCAGAAAAGAUCUGAUAUCUUUGCAGUUGGAAGAGAAGCUGGGACUCCAGCAGUCGUCGAAUCAGCUUCACUCUGAUGAUGAGCUUUUAGACUAGGAAGCAAUCUGAACAGGGAAUGCUCAGUUUAAUUUCAUAAUGAACAAGUAUGUAUGUUCUUCUUUGAAUUUGGAUGUUUGUGUAUUACAGUGUAUCCUCUGCAUAUCAAAUGGAUAAGCCUUGCCUAAUUCUCCCAGUUACCAAAUCAAAAAAUAGGGACAAAUAGAUUACCCAGGCUUUGAGUUCAUACAGUUGGGAUCUCAUUCCCAACUCACACAGUUCUUUCUCAUUCCAAUCUCAGAUAGGAUAUAAUAAUAGCAUAUAAGAUGCAAACAGCAAUCAUUUUUAUUGAUUUAUGUAUUGACUGUUUUAUUGCUUUAUUUUGUGGAAAUUUUUAUAUUGCAAUGUUAACAUCUUGUGUAAAUCACACAGGGAUGAUGUGUCUUAAAUGGUACAAACACAUCAUUAAUAAUUAAGUAUUCCUACCUAAAAUCAUAAUAAGUGUGCUAUUUCUUCCUUACAAGAUGGUACUAAGGGCCAAACUAUAUGCAGGUUUAGUCACAUACUAUAGUCCUUAAGUGCAGGUUUCUUCUAUUCUCUCUCUCUCUCUCUCUCUCUCUCUCUCUCUCUCCCCCCUCUCCCCCCAGCCACUGCAGGCCUCCCAAUCCAGGUGACUGAGUGGCUUUAACUCUCUCUCUCUCUAUCUUGGCUGUCUUUACCCGGGGGUGCAAGGGCUGCAGGGCACCCUGGUGCCGAAUUCUGGAGAGUGCCAAAUGUAUUCGGGGGGGGGGGGCGUCAAAUGUAUACCUACUGUCCCCGUCACUCUGUUACUCCAUAGCAUCAAAUAUUCCCAAUGAGUCUGGAAACAAAAGCAGUUAUUUCCGCUGCAUUGUUGUUACAGGUGAGCGAUUUUCUUCCCCCCAAAAAGGUCAGUAACUUUGAGUUUGGCCCCUCCAAAAAAUUUGGGGGCGGCUAAACUAAAUUUGGGGGCGCUGGGUGGAUCUCUGCACCCCGGUGACGCAUAUGCUAAAGACGGCCCUGCUCUCUCUCCAUCCCCGCCCCUGGUGUGCUCAGGCAUGGACUGGCCUCCUGCAUUGCAGGGGGUUGGACUAGAUGACCCUUGUGGUCCCUUCCAAUUCAACGAUUUGACUCAUAUAUUCAAUGAGUCUAUGAAUAUGAUAGCAAGAUUCUAUGAAUGUGUAUUAUGAACUUUCAAAAUGGGUAAAAGUACCACGUCUGUAAAGGCACAGGCUGUAGUACAAUCAAAACUCUGUUCACCAGUUCUUUCAUUUCCCCUUCCUUUUCAUGUUUUAUACUAUGUGAUUUGUACCAAUAAAUGAAUAAAGAUGCUGCUCAUAUAUGAGAAAUAAAGAGUGAUCACCCUGAGUGGUACAUGGACACUAGACGAACAGGAUAGAAAUGUGUAUAUUCAUUAUCCUAAGUUUAUUAAAGGCUUUUCAUUAGUAUAAAUGAUAAAAAUAUUGCAUUUUUAAAAAAUAAGCAAGGUUGGUGAGUAUGGCAUUUUAUGCUAAAAUAUUAACAUCAGCAGAUUGUUGAGAUCUUCAUAGGAUAGUUCUAAUGUGGACCGUCCUUCUGCUGGUUGGGUUGCAAGUACAUUAUCAUAGAACAGAAACUUUCCUGCUAGUGCUACAACUCUGAAACUCUCUUCACAGAUUGGCCCACAUCACUAUUCUUUUGGACACCAAGUAAAGAUUUCUUUGUUUUUGAACACAUUAUUUUGGAUAGAACUGUCUCUCUGCUUAUUGCUGUUUUUCUUUGUUUUUUUUCUGUUUUCCCUCUUACAAUUUGUCAUUUGCCCUCUUAAGGAUCUGUUUGACUGUAAUGGCUAUAUAGACAUUAUUAAAAUAAAUUCAAUUA